GUGUGGAGUUGUGAAUGGACGAAGGGGCGGGUUCAGUCCGACAGACGUAGUUCUCCAUGCGGAGGAGCGAGCAGAGCAGAGCGCAGACGGAUGGAGCGGCUGCUGCGCUUCACUUCACACAUCUGAACACACUUUAAGCAAAGAGCCUCGUUUUCUUCACAAGUGACACCUUAAGAGAUUGUCAAGGGAUUUUUAUUAUUAUUUAUUGAUUUUUUUUUUUUUUUUUUUUUUCCAAGAUCAGGGAGUCGUGAAUAGGAAAAGUCCAAGACUGAGGACAGGAUGGAUUCUUCACAUCUGCUGUGUCUGCUGCUGCUGUACAGGUACCUGCCAGAAGUGUCGUCGGUGCAGAUGUGUGAUGUGGUGAACGAGAUCGAGCUGGAGAAGGAGCGCUGUGAAAAUAGCACCUCCGGGAACGUCACUACAGGUUGCCAAGGCAUGUGGGACAUCGUGGCCUGUUGGCCUUCAGCCAGGGUUGGAGAGGUGGUUACAAUAACCUGCCCCAUGUACUUCAGUUACUUCAGUGACCAACAGAGAGGGAACCUCUCCAAAACCUGCACGGCAGACGGCUGGACCGAGAUGCAUCCUAUUGACAUCGCUCUGAACUGUGGGUACAAUCUCAACAGCACAAGCGAUGAUGGCAAGUUUUUCUGGCAGGUGAAGAUUGGCUACACCAUUGGCCACAGUGUUUCACUCAUCUCUCUCACUACAGCUAUUGUGAUCCUCUGCAUCUUCAGGAAGCUCCACUGCACAAGGAACUACAUCCACAUGCAUCUCUUUGUCUCAUUCAUCCUGAAGGCCAUCGCUGUGUUCAUCAAAGAUGUGGUUCUCUAUGAGGUCGGCGAGGUAGACAACUGCUCCUCAGGCUCUGUUGGCUGCAAAGCUGUGAUUGUGUUCUUCCAGUACUGUAUAAUGGCCAGUUUCUUCUGGCUGCUAGUGGAAGGCCUUUAUCUUCAUGCACUGCUGGCCGUCUCUUUCUUCUCUGAGAGGAAAUACUUCUGGGCCUACAUUCUGAUCGGCUGGGGAGGUCCAACUAUUUUCAUCACAGCCUGGAGCAUCGCUAAAGCCUACUACAAUGAUGUGGGGUGCUGGGAUAUAAUUGAGAACACUGAUAUGUUCUGGUGGAUCAUUAAAACACCAAUACUGGCAUCAAUCCUGAUGAACUUUAUUCUCUUCAUCUGCAUCAUUCGAAUACUUCGCCAGAAGAUCAACUGCCCAGAUAUUGGAAGAAAUGAGUCUAAUCAGUACUCGAGGCUGGCAAAAUCAACACUGCUUCUAAUUCCUCUGUUUGGGAUCAAUUUUCUAGUGUUUGCAUUCAUCCCAGAGCAAGUGAAGACUGAGCUAAGGCUAGUUUUUGACUUGAUUCUGGGAUCGUUUCAGGGCUUUGUGGUCGCCGUUCUCUACUGCUUCCUCAAUGGAGAGGUCCAAGGGGAGAUCAAGAGGAAGUGGCGGCGGUGGCACUUGCAGAGAUACAUGGGCUCAGACACUAAGUACCAACACCCGUCUAUCGGCAGCAGCAACAACUUCAGCACCCAGAUCACCAUGUUGACGCGAUGUAGCCCGAAAACACGCCGAGGUUCAUCGUCCUGUCACGACGACCUGUCAAGCAUAUGACUCUGAAAAACACACAAACAUGCCAUGCGAAUGCUCUCGCGCCAAACAUUAGGCAGGAAGGUGCAGCGUGAAGAAUACACACUCCUUCAUUAGCACAUGUAGGUGUAGACGGUAAUGUUUGAGUGUAGCGAGGACCAAGAAACGUAACGAGAGGACAGAAAAGGGAAGAAAACAUUGUGAGCAGCUCUGAAUCUUCACAUUUCUUUCAUACAAAUAAGCUUAUGUGACAAGGUUACGAGCUUCACAAGCACAGCUUUUGCACAUUUCAAUCAGAAAUCAUCACUUUUUGUAUUUCACAGGUCAGCAUACGUGUACAGGUGAAUUUGUGGGUCACAUCAUUACAUUCAGUCAAUCAGUAUCCAAUUCCCUGUGUGCUCUGACACCACACAAAGUGAAAUGUCACAUAUUUAUGUGGCGUGGUGAUUGAUCCAGACUUGAACCGUGCCAAUCGACACACAAUCUGAUGUAAUUAUGAACCGAUAACAGGAUUCCUGCAGCUCCAAAUGAACAAAGCUGGUUUGCAGCCAUUAGCGGACAAAGAUCUGAUUUUUUUUUUUUUAACAGGGAAUCUUAUUAUUUUUAUAUUCUUGCAGUGUGCAGUGAGAUCACAAAGGCAAAGACAAAAAGUUGAAGAAAUGCGUUAUGGGGGUGUGUUUGAGGGAUAAAUGUGAGCCGUGAUGGAAAAUAUGCUUUAAGUGUAAUUUUAGGCAACCAAAAGAAACAAAAUACUUGCAGGAAGACUGAAAAAGAAAGUCUGGCUGAUAAACAACAGGAAACCUGUUUUCCAUAAAUGCUGACCAGAUGAGGCUUCAGACCGACUGACCAGUGACACUGAUUCUCGAUGUUGUGUUUGGAGCACAAAUGCCCUUCUCUGCACUGUCAUUGUCACAUGAGACUGAUUUGCCCUUCGUCUACCCUUUUAUCAGCACAGCCUUUUCCUCUUGUUUUGUGUGAUUCGGAGCCUGUGAUUGUGUUGAUGCUCUUUCAUUAUUCGUGGCACCGUGGCAAUUUUGUGCUGAUGCCCGACGAAUGCCAGUGUUUUGAAGUGACAGUGUAAGUUUUACCGAGUUCUGGGCUGCACAGCAACCCUGGACAGCAAAAUGCCUUUGCGCCAUUCAGUCCAUGAAUGUUUACAUUUACUGCGGAUGAGUCCUGAAAGAUUCUAUAGACAAGUGUACAGUGAAAAGAAAAUCAGUUACAAUGGAAUUCUGUGCCAUUGAAUUGUGGCUGCAAUGCCAGUCAUGAGUCACUGACUGUUGUUUGUCAGCGUGAUAGAAAAGAGUGGAAUUUAAAGCCUCGCCAACAAUUUAAAACUGUCUUGUACAAGCUUGUGUAUGUAGCAAUCUGUGGUUUGUUGCCAAGAAUAACAGCUAAAUAGAAGCUACUGCAUUACACAGAACUUUACAAUCCAUAACACAUACAGGGAAGCUCUUAUAAUGAUGCUCAUGGCAGACUGAAGCACAUCCGGACUCUUGGAAUUGUAUUAUAAGAAAUAUUUCUUGAGUUCUCCAUUGACUUGUCCGGUUCAAAUGUCUCUGUCUGAGGAAUUUGAACCGGACACGUCUGCAGAGACCUUGACAAAGAUGACUGACAGUGUCACAACUGUGCUGUCAUUCUGCUCAUCGACUUACUGAGGUCAAAGUUACCCACAUGUUCAUGCCAGAGGUACCAUCCAGGAGCUUUACUUGGAACACAAAAGCCAUCAUCUCAACUCACAGCCAAUUAAUGAGCCAAACCAUGAAGUAUUGUGGGUCAAUCCAUCUUAAUUCGCCAAAAUUUUUUUAAAAAGUUCACGCCUGACCGUCUCAUAUGUGUCUGUGUUUGUAAGUGAAAUGUGUGCAGUUUUUGUUGUAACUUUUUGAGGUAAAAAUUCCUAAAGAGGGUGAGGUCAUGCAAUUUUUGUGUCAUUUUCCUCAUCCAGUCUGUGAAUCAGUGUUUGAAGUGUCACAGCUUGAGAAAUAGUGUAGCUCGAGUCCUGAAAUUGCUUUGAUAGAACAAUACAAACCACUUAUACGAUGGUGCAAAUUUGGUCCAAAAAUGUUCAUGUUCCUGUCUGAUAUUCCACCAACCCUAAACCUUUAUUUUUCAUCCUAACAGGCAGAUUUUUUUUCACAAAUAUAAGCUUUAAAAAUAUAGAGUAUGGUGCCAAUUGGUGGCAAAUUUUAUGAGAAAAAAAUUAUUGAAAUUACGUUUUUUGUAUUUAUAGCCAAUAAAGGCAGUCACUUAGCAGAUGUGCAGAUGAAACCACUCCAAUGGUUUCAACUACAAGAGUUAUAUAAUAUUGUUAUUGGGCUGUAAGAAAAAUCAUGGGUUUUCCAACUCAUACUGCUUUGAAUAAUUUUAUGAAUUACGAAAAUUUAAGAAUUUUUAACCCUGCAAAUUGAAGAUGGUCAUAUGUGGGGUAUCUGGUGAAAUGAGGCGGAAUGACCCAAAUGUAAAAUCUGAAAAACAACACAUUUUUAUUUUGAGACCAAAAACAGUAAAGACCUUCAUUUGAGAUGUUUUGUUGGUGACAGAAGCUCAAAAGUCUACAUUUUAGGAGACAAAAACAGAUUCACAUCGCGUAGCUUCUUCUCCAUUCCCAUAAAAGGAAACGGCUCAGAAUAACUAACCAGCUACUUUGCAUUUAACAACUUCAGAUCAAUCAAUCUUCAUGUCAAGAAGGCAAAUAAAAAGUGUGUUUUACACAAUUCCAUUAAAGCUGCAACAUCCUACAUUGUUUAGUGCCUGUCUUCUGUUGUCAGUAAUGUUCGAUGUGAUUGUGUGAAUUUGCCAACAUACCUCUCAUAAUGGUGAAUGUAAAUAGAUCUGUACAUAAGCAGUUACAGUGUUUUAAAAUUCAGUUACAGAUAAUCUUUCAGUGUUUCGGUAACCUGGCAUGGCUGUUAAAUAAUAGCGAGGCAACAUUUAAAGGGAAACUGAAUCGGCAAAUAUUCUAAUGUGCACUUACAGUAUAGUGUAUUAUAGAUUUGUUUAUUUGCAAACUGGAUAUUGUGUUGUGUAUAUUUAAGAUACAGGAGUUGAUAUGUUGUUAGUGAAAUGCUUGUAACACUGGUGCAUUGCCUACCAUUGUGAAGCUACAAAUGUACUGUAUGUAUUUAUUUGCUUGAGUUCACAACAGUGUACAAAUAAAGACACUUUUUCCAUUUUAAAAUAAUAAUUAUUGUUGUUCAUUAUUAUUAAUAUUAUUAGUUGUCAUUUUAAUGCACACAUUUAAAUGUAAACUG